CUCUCUCCCACUCCCACAACGACAAAGAAACAAACAAGAAAAACGAAAGACUUUGCUUCGGAAAUGCCAGGCUUGACAAUCGGAGACACAAUUCCCGACCUUGUCGCCGACAGCACCCACGGGAAAAUUAGGCUUCAUGACUACAUCGACGCUAGCUGGACGAUAGUCUUCUCUCACCCGGCCGAUUUCACGCCGGUCUGCACCACGGAACUAGGCAAGAUGGCGGAGUAUGCUCAGGUGUUUGCUCAGCAAGGGGUGAAGCUCGUGGGAUUGUCUUGUAAUGAUGUGCAGUCCCACAAGGAGUGGAUCAAGGAUAUUGAAGCCUACACUCCAGGGUGCAAGGUGACGUACCUGAUCCUUGCAGAUCCCAACAGAGAGAUCAUCAAGCAACUCAACAUGGUGGACCCGAAUGAGAAAGACUCCUCAGGAAACCCGCUCCCAUCUCGAGCUCUGCAUAUCGUAGGCCCCGAUAAGAAAGUGAAGCUGAGCUUUCUAUACCCGGCGGCGACUGGGAGAAACAUGGAUGAAGUGGUGAGGGUGUUGGAGUCCUUGCAGAAGGCCUCCAAGCACAAGAUCGCCACCCCAGCGAAUUGGAAACCGGGAGAUCCGGUGGUGAUUUCGCCCAGCGUGUCCAAUGAACAGGCCAAGGAGAUGUUCCCUCGGGGUUACAAGACAGUGGACCUCCCAUCCAAGAAAGACUACCUUCGCUUUACCAAUGUGUAAAAAUGACCAAACCUCCGAAGGAUCAUCACUUCAACUGCGAGUUGGGUACCGAAUAAUGUAUUGUAUGGAAUUAAAGUGAUCCAAGUUUAUGUCGAGGGAUCGUUUAUGCUUCUUCUUUGUGAUAUAUAUGUUCUAGUGAACUAAAUAUCAUUGUAUGUAUUGUACAGAUCGUUUAAAUGCUUAUGGGACUAUAAUUAUUGACGGUAAAUUAAUUUCUUUGCUCUCCUAA